UUCUGGCCGCAGACUGGAGCUGGCGGUGUCCAGUGUCGUCUUGAAGACCCUGCAACUCAGGAGGUCGAUUGUAAGCACUUGGCAGAAAGUGGAAUGGGGGGGAGCGGAAGGCGGAAAGCAGGUGGUGAAUUUUAGAAGUCCUGAGACCGCAGUCUCAGAUUCUACAGAUGGGGCAUUCCCAGUGGGAUCUGAGUCUGACACAGACUUGAUUAUACAGCUUCCAUCUGUAAAAAGUACCCAUAAAAAUAACACUUCGUCCUCCAAGGGGACCACCCUGCGUGGUGCAUCCCCAGUGUCGAAGGAUGAAGAAUUACGAGAAGAAAUGAACUGGGAAGAGAAAUUGACCCGGGCAAUAUAUGCUGCUAAUAAUGGCUCCAGGACUGUCUUCGUGAUACGUGGGAAUGUAAGGCUCACGAAACCACUUCCGUGGAUCCAGGAGAAUGCGCGGUUCUCAAUCCGAGGUUCUUGUGGUCCAGAUCGCAAGUGUGUGAUCGAUGGGGCCUCGAAGUAUCCAAUUUUCGUCUCGUAUGCGAGUGGUUGCAGCUUAUCUGUUGUGGACCUCGAGCUGCGGAAUGCGAAGGGCGGCGCAGCAUAUAUGAAGUCUUGCUCUGUGGAGGUGAGGUCGUGCAUAUUCCGCAAGAACGAAGGGGAUUACGGGGCGGCCAUCUUUAUGGGACUCGGUACGCAAACCUUUGACAUUAGUGACUCAAUGUUCAUUGAUAACAAAGCGUUGUUGGGGGAUGGAGGGGCUCUCUUCCUUAGCACGCGAGGGAAGGGAAGAAUAACCAACUGUACCUUCGACGGGAACAGAGCAAAGAAUCGGGGUGGUGCUGUGAAAUAUCACUCCUCAAAUGAGGCAUUCGUUUGCAGCGCUACCACUUUCCGCAGCAAUGUAGCCGGAACCGGUGGAGGGGCCAUGUGGAUCUCUCCAACUGCCUCCGAUGUUGCUGACGUGUUCUUUAUGGGAUGCGAUUUUUCAAACAAUAAAGCACUGACGGGAAAUGGUGGUGCCAUUGGACUUGAGACACAGCUCACCGGUCAUUUCUGUGGGACGACGUACACGUCCAACCAGGCCCGAGAGGGAGACGAUGUUGAGCUGGUCCAGGAUGGUGGUUUGCCUAUCCACUUGUACUUUUGUCCUGUCCGCCCGGAGGGUCUCCACGUGACACCAGAUCCUAAAGCGGUUGCUGUUGCAGACACGUGCGCAUAUUGUGUGGCUCCCUCUUGAUCUCAUCCCCGGCUUGGACAAAGCUCCGCUGUAGUCUGUGAUUGCAUCAUCAACAACACAGUGUGUAGCCUCCUUUGGAGUAGAGCAGACCGGAAAAAGCCUGGUAAGCCUUAGCACUUUCUCUUGCAUGUGCGUGAGUGCUUUGCUUGACUGCUCUCUUCAUCGAUCCUUACAAGUUCCACAAGUCGUGGAAAUGCAGGAUCUGUCUCGUCGUUUGCGAGUGUGAUGUCGAUUAGUGCUAGUGAACGUCAGUACGCUACCUCGAUUCUGUUUCAAUUACCAUUGCUGUGAAGUACUGCUGCGCGUCUGCUGGAUUCAUUAUUUGAGGAAUUAAUUGCUGAGUUGCUUCAAAAGUGCGAGGAAUAGUUUAUCGGUUGUUUAACCAGGACAUCAAUUCGUAUGUCCUGUCCGUGUGCCCGCCUGCCUCUCGUCUUUGAUCGGCCAACAUUGGCCCUCGUUCUAUUCAUUGCUCAGUGCCAUGUGUCCACUUCUGAUAGGUAUACACGUGUUUCUUCAAGCCUCUUGACUUGUGGUAUGGAGGUUGAGCUCAGAUGGACUCUUUGAGUUCCUGCAACUUAAGCAAUAGGCAGAACAGGCGUUUGAUGUGGAGGGUGGAAACAUAAGGGAGGCGUCGUUCCCAGUUAUCCUCCGCACACGCUCCGUUUGGUCCUGCAACUAGUGUGAAUACGUUUCUUCCCUUCUUCAUGCGUGUUGUGUUUCUUAAUACUCCUAAUCCCACUGUACUUCCUCCCUCCCUCCCUCCCUCCCUCCCUCCCUCCCUCCCUCCCUUCUUUCGACAUUCAGUGAUGGGGUACAUCCUUACAACUCGUCUCCAUGGUCUUAUCAUGUGAUGGGGUACAUCCUUACAACUCGUCUCCAUGGUCUUAUCAUGUGAUGGGGUACAUCCUUACAACUCGUCUCCAUGGUCUUAUCAUACUCGUACCUAGAUUGUUAGGCAGACCAGUAAGAACAGGUUAUAGCGAAAGAGACUGACGGACAGGAUAAGAGACGAAUGGGACCACAGAGAGAAAACAGCCAGGUCAACGUACGCAGGCUGAAAAUCACACAGGUCGAUUGAUCGAUCGAUCUACGUAGAUCCAUCCUUUCAUCCAUUAAUCCAUCCAUCUACCUGUCCAUUUAUUCUUCGAUUCCAUGUAUUCGCCCAUCUCAUCUGCCCAUAUUGAUGGCUCCCCUUGUCAAUGGAUUGGCACGUAGUUAGCUCAGUAGGUCGAAGAGCAGAUGUCGCUUGUGUUAGGAAUUUGGCUGAGCAAUAG